UUAUUGUUCUAAUCUUUUCACUUAAGCCUUUAAAAAUAUAAGGAAAAAAAAUGUCCUUAAAUUUUAUUUCACAUUUGUAGCUUAUAUAAACUUUAUUUCUUUACAACUAAACAAAUUUGUAAUCAGAAUAGCAUACCUACCAGGCCAUUUUUCAAUUGGAUAAAAAAAAGUUGUACCAAUGACUCUAAAAGUACUGACAUUGGCAGUGGUGCUUGCCCUAGUAUUACUCAGUCAAACAGACGCUGCCAAGGAUUACGCCUCUGCUCUUGCUAAAUCUAUUUUAUUUUAUGAUGCACAAAGGUCUGGCAAACUACCUGGUAGCAAUCCCAUUCAUUGGAGAGGUGACUCGGCCCUGAACGACUGUGUGGUAGGUGGAUGGUACGAUGCUGGUGACCACGUCAAGUUUGGACUCCCAGCUUCAGCAGCAACCACCGUGCUUCUGUGGUCGUUAAAUCGAUUCAGAGACGGCUACCAGAAAGCGGGUCAAUUAAAUCAAAUGUAUGACUCAGUCAAAUGGGGGCUUGAGUAUUUCCUCAAUUCCUGGGACCCAGUCCACUUGGAGUUCGUAGCUCAAAUAGGUGACGGUAACCUUGACCAUGGCUAUUGGGGCAGACCUGAGGACAUGACAAUGGACAGGCCUUGUCUGAAGAUCAAUACGACGUCACCGGGAAGUGAUAUUGCGGCUGGAACCGCUGCUGCUCUGGCUGCUGGUGCCAUAGCUUACAAAACUAAAGGAGAUGAUGACUACAGUAAAACAUUGUUGACUGCUGCUGAAAGUCUGUAUGCCUUUGCUAAGAACUACAGAGGUAUAUUCAAUGGCUCCAACUGCUGCUACACGUCUGAUGAUGACAGGGAUGAGAUGUGUGAGGCGAGCAUCUGGCUCUACAGAGCAACCCAGAACGCCCAAUAUUUGGCAGACGCUCGGUCAUUCGUAGAUCUAACUCUUGCCUGGGAUCUCAGCUGGUCAAGCAAAAAGCCCUCCUGUCAAUUGUACCUGUACGAAGAAACGCAGUCCGACCAGUACAAAGUUGCUAUACAGAACUUCUUUAACAACUGGCUUCCUGGUGGGACUGUCUCCUACACGCCGUGCGGCCUGGCCUGGAGAAGCAAGUGGGGCUCAAACAGAGAAGCAGCUAAUGUUGCCUUUUUGGCUCUCGCUGCUGCUGAGUCAGGUGUUGACUCUGACAGACUGAGGAAGUGGGCCGUGGAGCAGAUCAACUUUAUCCUUGGCGACAACAAUCACGACGGCGGCUGCUUCAGCUAUCAGAUUGGCUACGGAACAAAGUACCCCACCCACCCCCACCAUCGAGGCGCCUCUUGCCCUGACAAACCGGCUCCUUGCGGUUGGGAUAAUUUCCAUUCCACCACUCCAAGUCCCCAGGUUCUUGUUGGCGCCAUUGUUGGCGGUCCGGAAGUGGACGACAGCUACGAAGACAAGAGAGAUGACUACGUCCUGAAUGAAGUUGCUCUAGACUACAACGCUGGAUUCCAAGGCGCUCUGGCUGGCAUUGUCCACCUUCAGGAUAAAAAUAUUUUGCCAACAACCAACAACAAAUGCCCAUGUGCAAGUUAAAUCUAUGGACGUUGUUGUAAAAUGUGUUACAUUGUUUUUGUUCGUUUGGAAUGACUGUGUUCUAGAUCAAAUAAAUAUAUAUACAAUUUAAAAA